UAGUUAUAAAGAAUUUUAACAAAAAGAAAAUAAAAAUCAGAAAAAGACAUUUCUCCUUGAAACACCAAAACCAGUUAAAAUUAUCUUGAAAGACAACCCCACAUUCCACCAAAUCCCCCAUUAAACAAACAGAAAUUCUAAUUCUCUUAUAUCUUUCUUUAUCUCUCAAAAUCUCUCUAUCUCUGAUCCGACCCUCUCUCUGACAGACUACAGUUCGUUAAAGACUAGUCUCAUCUCAUCUCAUGCAGCUGCCAAGAAGAAAAACGCCUCUGUUUGAAACAGUAGGAGCAGGAAUGAAAUACCCAGGUGGUGGUGGAAGAAGAAACAGCAAUCUAUCAAUCAUCGUUGUAAUUUUCUCAAUCUUUCUUUUUGCUGGGUUUAUGUAUAAUGAAGAUGUUAAAUCAAUAGCAGAAUUCCCAUUCUCAACUAAACCUUCUUCUGCUACUACAAAACCUAUUACUACUCAUCAUCAUCGUCAAGAACUUCACCAAGAAAUCUCAACUUCAAUCAAAAACACUGAAGAAGAAGGUGAUAAUAAGAAUUCAAGAACUACUACUACAACUGUUACUAGAAUAGAAUCACAAGAAACCCAUGUUGAUGAUGUAAAACCAUCAAAAAUCCAACAACCCAUUAUUGAAUCAGUGGUGGUUCCUAAACAGAAACCAGAAAUCAAGAAGAUUAUUGAAGAAAUUGAAGGGCCUCCUGAAAGUUGUGAUCUUUUUGAUGGGAAAUGGGUUUUUGAUAAUAUAACUCAUCCUCUUUAUAAAGAAGAUGAAUGUGAAUUUCUGACUGAACAAGUUACUUGUAUGAGAAAUGGUAGAAAAGAUUCUCGUUAUCAGAAUUGGAGAUGGCAACCUACUCACUGUAAUUUACCAAAAUUCAGUCCAAGAUUAUUACUAGAAAAGCUAAGAGGGAAAAGAUUAAUGUUCGUUGGUGACUCGUUGAAUCGGAAUCAAUGGGAAUCAAUGAUUUGUUUUGUUCAAUCUGUUGUUCCUGCUGGAAAGAAAAGCUUAAACAAAUAUGGAUCGCUCUCUGUUUUCCGACUUGAGGAAUUUGACGCAACAGUUGAAUUCUACUGGGCACCAUUCUUAGUUCAGUCGAACUCCGAUGAUCCGACGAUGCACAGUAUCUUAGAUCGUAUAAUCAUGCCGGAAUCGAUAUCGAAACAUGGCGAAAACUGGAAGGGUGUUGACUAUUUGAUCUUUAACACAUACAUUUGGUGGAUGAAUACACCUGACAUGAAAGUCUUGCGAGGAUCCUUCGACGAAGGCGACACGGAAUACGAUGAAAUCGACCGGCCGAUAGUUUACAACAGAGUUUUGAAUACAUGGGCAAAAUGGGUUGAUGAAAACAUAGACCCAAAACAAACAUCAGUCUUCUUCGGUAGUAUGUCUCCUCUCCAUAUCAAGAGUGAAGAUUGGGGAAAUCUGAAUGGGAUCAAAUGCGCGUUAGAGACUAUGCCAAUACGGAACAUGUCGAUGCCGCUGGAAGUUGGAACAGACAGAAGGUUUUUUGUGAUAGCUUCGAAUAUAACAGCGAACAUGAAAGUGCCAGUUUAUUUUCUCAACAUUACAACUUUGAGCGAGUAUAGAAAAGAUGCGCAUACUUCUGUUUACACAAUUCGGCAAGGGAAGCUGCUGACAGCGGAACAGAAGGCUGAUCCACAAACGUUUGCGGAUUGUAUUCAUUGGUGUCUUCCUGGUUUGCCUGAUACUUGGAACGAGUUUCUUUAUGCUCGUAUCAUCUCUCCGCGGUCUUGACCCUGUCGAUCAAUCCAUCUGUCUCUACUUUUUUCUUUUAAUACAUAGAAGAAAAAAAUGAAGAAUUGUGUCAAUUUACUGAUUUUUCUUGCUUGCGAACGGCGAGGUUUUUGUUUUCCUUUUUUUUUUUCCGAAUAUUUUUGUUUAGCCAGAUUGGCUGAUGAAAGUUAUAAAGAAAAUGUAUAUUGAGUUCUGAUCAGAAAGAAAAAAGAAAAUUAAUAAGCAAAA